GGCCGGAGCGGCAAUCAAGCCGCUAAUUACGCUCGUCGGCCGAAAGCGUGCGUCAGCGGGCCCGCGGGCGACGCCCACCUCUGACCCGCCGCCUAUAAAAGGUCACCGCGCCGACGUCGCGCAACGCCGGGACGCCGAGGCCGACCAAAGAUGAAAGCGUGCGCAUCCCCCGGCGGCUGCCGGCUGGCCCUGCUGUCCCUGAGCCUCCUGCUGCCGGUUCCCCCCGCCGUGACGCCGCAUCCCCGGCCCCGCCCCCCCGCGGCGCGCUCGUUCGAGCCGCGCUCGUCCUCCUUCGUGGUCUCCUCCUCCCGACCGUCCUCCCGGCAGACGUGGGGGCAGCCGCAGCUCGAGGCGGCGCUCCGGACGCGGCCUCCUCCUCCUCCUCCUCUUCGCCGGGCCAGAGAGGACGGCGCCCAGGGCGGGGCGGGCGGCUCCAGGACCGGCGAGGCCCUCACCUCCAUCCUGGGGGGCCUCCAGACGGCGGGUCGAGAGAAAGGCGGAUUCGGCUUUCGCUUCGGCAGAAACUCCGCCGUCCGGGGGGGCUGAAAGCCCCCCCCCCCCCCGGAGUCUCUAUACUCCUCUAAUAAAAGCAUGAAAGCCUCGGUUCCGCGUGUCCGUGCAUGAAUUGACGAAAAAUUGGUUUGGAGCCAACUUUGAGAAAUAUCAGGACCAUUUUGUCAAUGUUGGCAUCCUCGUGGUUAGCGUGCUCUUCUGGCUUCACCUCUGCUCUAUCUCCACCUUUCGCUAGGCGAGAUGGGGUGUUUGGACUACCACCCGCUGUGGAACGCGAACGCAUAUGCAGGAAAUACACUAAAAUGUUGGUCUUUGCGCGGUGCUGUUGAGCUCAGUGUUUCAAUGAGACCACUCAUUCCAACUAAUAUUGAUAUCCCAUACAAGUGGUCAGUUGUGGCAGAUGUCCUUUUUCUUCACCAUAAUACACUUAACCGGCCAAAUUCCUAACAGAUCGGGUAUGAUUUCAAACAAACGUUCAGGUUGGAUUUUACGGGAAAAUGUGAUUUUUAACGAUGUGUCACUUAAACUCUGACGUUUAUGAAAAAACAAGCCGUUUGAUCAUCGUUCAUGUGUCGAUUAAAUGAGUGAAGAUGAGAAAUAGUAUUCUAAUGAAAGUAACAGACCCUAAAAAUAGUUCUAGAUGUAGGUCAAGCAUGUGGCGUCAUUGUUGUGCACGCAUAGUUUAUGCCUUUCUAAUUUUGUAGUUUCUGUUCCUGUGUUUUCUUAUGUCGUUUUUCUGUUGUUUUGUGUGCUAUAGACGCCCUGUGUGAUUCUGGAAUAAAGAUCUUAUA